AUGGUGCCUCUCUCACAACAUACCAGCCGCGAUACAUCGAUGUGGAUUGGCAUCAACCUCGCUGAUCCCAUCUUCCGCGGCCGUUACCAUGGCAAAUCAAGACACCCCGAUGACCUCCAGGGUGUCAUCGACAGAGCCAAAGAAGUAGGCUGCACCAAGCUCCUCGUAACCGGCUCCUCCUUCAAAUCCUCCCGUGACGCCCUCAAAAUAGCCUCCAAAUUCCCGAACGUGGUCUUCACCACAGCCGGAAUCCACCCCUGCUCCUCCUCCAUCUUCUCCCCCUCCCACCACAAACACCACGACGAGUCCCAAUCCGAGGACGAAUCCGCCGACCAGCACACCCCCGCCUGCGGGCCCGACCCAACAAAACCCAUCCUCGAUGGCGAAGGCGUCGACCACGCCCGCUCAGAAGACAUCAUCUCCGACCUCAAAGACCUGAUCACUACCGCCCCGAAAAACAGCCUCAUAGCCUUUGGCGAGUUCGGCCUCGACUACGACAGACUCCACUACUGCUCAAAGGAAGUACAACUCCACUCCUUCGCCGCCCAGCUCAGACUCGCGGCGUCGCUCUCCCCUCAGUUACCGCUCUUUCUCCACUCCCGCGCCGCACACGGGGACUUUGUUCGUCUGCUCAAAGAUGCGUUUGGCCCUAGGCUUGAAAAGCUGCAAAAGGGUGGUGUAGUCCACUCUUUUACUGGAACAAUAGAAGAGGCAAAAGAGCUGAUGGAUCUGGGAUUGUACAUUGGCAUCAACGGGUGCAGUUUCAAGACCGUCGAAAACUGCGAGGUGGUCAAGCAAAUCGACCUGAGCAAAAUGAUGCUUGAGACGGAUGGUCCGUGGUGUGAGGUUAGGCCUACGCAUGAGGGGUGGAAGUAUCUGGUUCAGUUUGAGGAAGCUAGAAGAAAGGAAGAGAAGGAGAAGAAGAAGCUAGAGGAGGAGAAGAAGAGGCUAGAGGAGGAGGAGAGGCAAAAGCAGGAAAAGAUCGAGGCAGAAAGAAAAGCGCAGGAGGAGCUGGAGAAGAAGGCUGCUGAGUUGGAGUUGGGGGGUGGUGUAGAGGGAGGCAAGGCUGGCGGGGAAGGGGAGAAGAAGAGCCAGCGACAACCCAAGAAGCCUAAGCAGCAACAGCAGCCGCAGGGGAAGAAGAAUCAGAAGAAGGAAAGCGAAGUGCCUGAUCGGUUCAAGGUUGUCAAGAAGGAGAAGUGGGAGGAGGGGGCGAUGGUCAAGGGGAGGAAUGAGCCGUGCACCAUUGAGCGGAUUGCGAGGAUUGUGGCUGGGAUCAAGGGGGUGGGUGUGGAGGAGGUGUGUGAAGCUGCAUGGGAGAACACUGCCAAGGUGUUUGGUCCUUUUUGA